CACCACCUUGCCUCGUCACCUUCUCGAUACACUUGCUGCACGGCCUUCGCCCGCCCUCUGCCAGAACAGACGGAGCUUUACACUGCGGCUCACGCCUCCCACCGGGUCUUCAACCUCUCUACGGAGCAGCACUAAUAUCUACCGGACAACGGCCCCUGAAUCAUGUCGCUGCGUCCUAUGGUUGGCCCCGGCCUUGCCGGCUGCUGCACCAUUCUCUCCAUCUUCGGCGUCCUCUCCCUCUUCGUGAUUGGCUAUGGCUUUGCAAACCACUGGGAAGCCUUCAUGGGCUCGACGGAGGAUCCGGAGGACGGAAUGGCCGUUGCUACCACAUGCUAUGUAGCUGCCCUGAUCUACGCUGCGUUCAUCCUCUUCUGCGGCUGUCAAUUGGGAGCGCACAAGAGGUACAGUAGGAUACAGCUAUGAGCUGCGAUUGUGGAGUCUUUGUGGAUACGACGACGAGUACUGCAUUUCAAUGGCAUAUGCAUAUACGACACGCAUACGCCUUGCGGGAUGGGACACGAACUGAUCAGGCGGAGGAGGAUCAUUGCACAAGAGACAUGAU